AUGAAGAUGUUGGGCAGUCUGUUCGUGUUGUUCGUUAUUACGGCGGCCGGCGUGUAUGGCGACGAGAAAUGUUCACAAAAAGACAGCACGAUGGUGGACCAGGAGUUCGGUUUGCCGCUGACCGCGAACGACAUAUUGACAUCGAUGAUGGGUCCGUGGAUGUUUCGGGAUUAUUUCAGGCCGUGGCGCUACAUGGAGUCGCUGACGCGCGACCUCGGCUCCACAAUAAAGGCGGACAAGGACAAGUUCCAGAUCAACCUGGAUGUUCAACACUUUGGGCCGGAGGAGAUCACGGUGAAGACGGCGGACGGCUACGUUGUGGUGGAGGCGAAGCAUGAAGAGAAACAGGACGCCCACGGUUUCGUGUCGAGGCAGUUCGUGCGGAGGUACGCGCUGCCGGAGGGCGCGGAGUCUGAGGAUGUGGUGUCUGAACUCUCCAGCGACGGCAUCCUCACCAUAAGCGCCCCGAGGAAGGAGGUCGACGCGAAGGGGGAGAGGGUCGUGCCGAUCACGAAAACGGGACCGGCGAGGAUGGAGCCCAAGGAAACUGCGAAGGAGCAAUGUACGAAGGAGAAAUGUGAGUUG